CGAGGGGAGAGAGGGCGGAGCUACGAGCCGGCGGACCCGACCUUCACCUCCCACCCCGCCAGCACCGAGUCCGGGUCCGGCCUAGGGCUGCAGCUGGCCGUUCAUUUCCGGUGGGGGCGCCGCGCCUAGUGAGGGCCCGGAAGUGGGUCGCGCGGAGAUUGCUGGGCGGUUCUUGCCGGAAGUGGAGAGCGGCUGAUCGCAGUACCGAGGUGAGGCACCGCUCCGGAGGUGGUACAUUAUGGCUGACAUGCAAAACCUGGUAGAAAGACUGGAGCGGGUAGUGGGCCGCUUGGAGGCAGUGUCCCACACCUCUGACAUGCACCGAGGGUACGGAGACAGUCCUUCCAAAGGGGCAGCUCUGUACGUGCAGGCAUUUGACUCACUGCUUGCUGGCCCUGUGACAGAAUACUUGAAGAUCAGUAAAGAGAUUGGAGGAGAUGUGCAGAAACACGCAGAGAUGGUACAUACAGGUCUGAAGCUGGAGCGAGCUCUCCUGGUGACCGCCUCUCAGUGCCAGCAGCCAGCAGGUAAUAAGCUCUCUGAUUUGUUGGCACCCAUCUCAGAGCAGAUCCAAGAAGUGAUAACAUUUCGGGAGAAAAACCGAGGUAGCAAAUUGUUCAAUCACCUGUCAGCUGUCAGCGAGAGCAUCCAGGCCCUGGGUUGGGUGGCAAUGGCUCCCAAGCCUGGCCCCUAUGUGAAAGAAAUGAAUGAUGCUGCCAUGUUUUAUACAAACCGAGUCCUCAAGGAAUAUAAAGAUGUGGAUAAGAAGCAUGUGGACUGGGUCAAAGCUUACUUGAGUAUAUGGACGGAGCUGCAGGCUUACAUUAAGGAGUUCCAUACCACCGGCCUGGCCUGGAGCAAAACUGGGCCUGUGGCAAAAGAACUGAGUGGACUGCCAUCGGGACCCUCUGCUGGAUCAGGCCCUCCUCCCCCACCGCCUGGCCCUCCUCCCCCACCAGUCCCUACUAGUUCAGGCGCUGAUGAUUCUGCCUCCCGCUCAGCACUGUUUGCGCAGAUUAAUCAGGGAGAGAGCAUCACACAUGCCCUGAAACACGUGUCUGAUGAUAUGAAGACUCACAAGAACCCUGCCCUGAAGGCUCAGAGUGGUCCAGUGCGCAGUGGCCCCAAACCAUUCUCUGCGCCUAAACCCCAAACCAGCCCAUCCUCCAAGCCAGCCACAAAGAAAGAGCCAGCUGUACUUGAACUGGAGGGCAAGAAAUGGAGAGUGGAAAAUCAAGAGAAUGUUUCUAACCUGGUGAUUGAGGACACAGAGCUGAAACAGGUGGCUUACAUAUACAAGUGUGUCAACACAACAUUGCAAAUCAAGGGCAAGAUUAACUCCAUUACAGUAGAUAACUGUAAGAAACUCGGGCUGGUGUUCGAUGACGUGGUGGGCAUUGUGGAGAUCAUCAACAGUAGGGAUGUUAAAGUUCAGGUAAUGGGUAAAGUGCCAACCAUUUCCAUCAACAAAACAGAUGGCUGCCACACUUACCUGAGCAAGAAUUCCCUGGACUGUGAGAUCGUCAGUGCCAAAUCAUCGGAGAUGAACAUCCUCAUUCCUACAGAAGGCGGGGACUUCAAUGAGUUCCCAGUCCCAGAGCAGUUCAAGACCAUUUGGAACGGCCAGAAGUUGGUCACCACAGUGACAGAAAUUGCCGGUUAAGUGAAGUGCCACUGGGUCUUUGCCCUCUCCCCGCACACCAUGGGAUAACUCUGUAUCAAGACGGUUCUUUUCUAGAUUUCCUCCGCCUUUCUGCUCUUACACUGCUUCUCUGCUGAGAAGCAGAGCUACCUGCCUCCACUGAAGCAUACCUCAGGCUGAGAUCCGGGGUAGGGUAGCAGGGCAGUCGAUCUCCUGCGGACGGGGCAGCUGCUUCUCUCAGCGCAGCCACUCCGCCGAGCCUUUCCCGAGGAACCGCACACAGCACUGGUACAGCUCUGCUGUCAGCUUUUGGGGUCAUUCGACCAAUGACGGUCCUUUGGGAAGGACAGUCCCAGGAAUUAGACUAGAAUAUUCAUAAAUAUUCUAAAUAUUCAUAAAAUAGCGAGCCUUUUUUCCUAACCACAAGCAUACAGGUAGCAGAAGCCGUUGAUUCCAGACAGUUCUUCUAACCAAGUUAAUCUUUCACUGUUGACAAGUGAGGCAAGGGUGGCACUGGAGCACAGGCUGGGACCCGGCCAUCCAGCAUUCCAAGCAAAACUGUUUCCUGUAAGCAUUCCCUUUAACCUGCAUUCCAUUCUAAGUCCACCUCAGCCACGGGACAGUGGGUUCUCAGUAUCAGCUGAGGGCACCUGGACCCUUACUUUCUCUGGGAUCCCUGCCCUGCACCUUCCUACAGAUGAUCUUUAAAAAGAAAAGAAAAAGACCACCACACCAUUCCAAGGAACAUGGCAUUCUUCCCUCCCCACUAAGUGUCACCUGCCUUCACUGCCUCGUUUGCCUGCCAUACUCAACAGUGUGUGGCUACUGUCUGGGCCCCUGAGCAGAGGACUCGGGCUUCCACUGCAGGCCAGCUCUGAGUCUGGGUGUGCGUAAGGAUCUUGCACAGCUUUUCUAAUGCAGAUUUCAGUUUUUCUCUCCAGAACAAACACUUACCAAAAUAUGCAACAUUUUUUUUGGUGGGAAGAGAGAUUGCCCUGUGACUUCUACCCAUUUCCUGAGGCCUGUGGAAAUAAACCUUUAUGUACUUAAAGUUAUACAGAAAAUAGAAUAAAGUUAAUACCAAA